CCGGGGAGGGAGCGCCCUCUAGUGGACGGAGAGUGAGGCCGCAGGAGGCGGCAGCUGGAGAAGGAGGGCGGGGCCGGAGGCCGAGACUGAAAGGGAGGCACCGCCAGCCAAUGAGGGGUGAGCCUCCUGCAGCCUGACCCGUGGGGCUGGGACCGCAGGGACCCACAGAGCUGAUAUUUCAUUUGGAUUGAGCACAAGUAAGCAAUUCAUUUCUGCCUGGGAGAGCAGAAGAUUCCUGCAGCUGGAAAGGAUCCUAACGAUCCUGGAGUUUCACCUCUUGGGGCCUCAUUGAGAAUCUCCGCAGAUUGUGGAGAAGUUCCAGGUGGAAAUUUCUGGGGCUGUGGCCCACACUCCCUGUUGGUGUCCUGGGUCCAGUGAGGAUGUUGCGGUGGUUUCUCAUCUUCUCUGUGCUGGAUUUCGGGGCCUGGGGUGCGCCCACCAUUGUCUCCCGUGAGGAGUGGGGGGCGAGAUCCCUGACCUGCAAGGCGCGGCUGACCCUGCCUGUGGCCUACGUCAUCACGGACCAGCUGGCAGGGAUGGAGUGCCAGGAGCCGAACUCAUGCGGCCAGAAGCUGCGGGGCCUUCAGUCCCACUCCGUCUACACCAAAGGCUGGUGUGAUGUGGCUUACAACUUCCUGGUUGGGAACGACGGCAGGGUGUACGAAGGUGUCGGCUGGGACGUGCAAGGCAUGCACAGCCAGGGCUACAACAACAUCUCCCUGGGCCUCGCCUUCUUUGGCAACGAGAUAGGUAGCAGUCCCAGCCCUGCUGCCUUAUCAGCUGCAGAGGACCUGAUCUUCUAUGCCAUAAAGAAGGGUCACCUGUCACCCAGGUAUAUUCAGCCACUUCUCUUGAAAGAAGAGAGCUGCCUGGUCCCUCAACAGCCAGUGAUGCCCAGGAAAGAUUGCCCCAACAUCAUCACCCGGUCCACUUGGGAAGCCAGACAGACACACUGCCCUACAAUGAGCCUCCCAGCCAAAUACGUGAUCAUCAUCCACACCGCGGGGGCGACCUGCAACGUAUCCAUGGACUGCCAGAUCCGCGUCCGGGACAUACAGUCCUACCACAUAGACGUGAUGAACUUCUGCGACAUUGGAUACCACUUCCUGGUGGGUCAGGAUGGCGGUGUGUAUGAAGGAGUUGGCUGGCAUAUCCAAGGCUCUCACACUUACGGCUACAAUGAUAUUGGCCUAGGAAUUGCCUUCAUAGGCAACUUCGUAGAAAAGCCCCCGAAUGCCGCCGGCCUGGUGCACUGA